AUGUUGCACUGGCACCUGCUGCCCACCGCAGAGGACAUCUUCGCCAGGCAUAGCAGAAAAACCAUCUUCUCCUACAUCGUCUUCGCGAGCGCCUACUUACAAUUCGAAGACGACGACGACGUCAAAAAGCUCCUCGCCAUUAACACAAAUAGAGGACCUUACAAGUGCAAUCAACAACCAUUUGGAUCCGCUCCUGGCUCCUUCCAGCAGAUCGUCGAGUCCAAGAUCUCCGGACCCAACACUUUCAAACGUAUUGCUGAACACAAAUAA